AUGAAUACAAACUUCAGGCAGGCACUGCCGCUGGAGAAGCGUGUUGCAGUGGCUUUGUGGCGGCUGGCCACCAAUGUGGAGUAUCGCACGAUCAGCGUGCUUUUUGGUGUUGGCUGCUCCACAGUGGGCCAGUGCGUGCGGGAGGUGUGCCAUGCUAUUGUGCUACUGUUGAAGCCGCUGUACCUGCAGCAGCCCAGUGGGCAGGAGCUUGAUGAGACCGUCAGGCUAUUUAGCAUGCGCUGGGGUUUCCCACACUGUGUUGGGGUCAUUGACAGCCUGCACAUCCCUAUCAUAACACCACCUAACAAAACCACUCACUGCUGGAACAGCAAUGGCUGGCAUUCGGUGGUGCUGCAGGGCGUGGUGAAUGGGCUGGGCCAGUUUUGGGACGUCUGUGCAGGCUUUCCAGGAAGCACUGAGGAUGUGACCAUCCUGCAGAACUCCACAUUAUGGACCACAGCCAGCGAAGGAGGAUUGUCACCCCAGCCCCCCAGAAAUGUCAUGGGCCAGCCCCUCAGCUACCUGCUGUUGGGCGAUGCAGCCUACCCACUACAGAGCUGGCUGCUGAAAUGCUACCCAGAGUCAGCUCAGCUCACACCUCGCCAGCGCCGCUUCAACUACCAUCUGCGCCAUGCUCAUAGUGUCAUUGAGAAUGCUUUCCAGCGUCUCAAGGCCCGCUGGCAGUGCCUUCACAAGCGCAACGACUGCCGCUUAGACCUGGUGCCCACAAUGAUCCUGGCCUGCUGCAUCCUGCACAACAUGUGCGAGGUGCACGGGGACACCUUCAACGAAGAGUGGCUGGAAGAGGUGAGUCAGGCAGAAUGCCUCCAGCCCAACGACACACUACCCUCCUAUAUGGAUGACCCCACUGCUGAGAGGGUACGGUCUCUGCUCUGUGACUACUUCCACCAGCAGCAGCAGCAGGAUGGGGGACACGCAGCUGAGAGCAUGCCUUACCGCUCCAUUGCCUCUUUUCUGAACUCAGCAGAAACUACUGCUGCAGCUGAAUUACUAACCUUACUUUAG